UCAUCAUCUACCUACACAAAAAUACAAACAUUAUACAAACAAGUUAAUGAUUUUAAGAACGAGUUUUGUACUUAAUUGUCACCUACUCGUUUCUCGGUAAUGUGUUAAAGGUCAAUAUCAUGACGGACCGAGUUCGAUGACCGUCCAACCAAAUGCUAAUAAUACUUUUUUUUUUAAUCCCAACUACCGAUGCUGGUCAGAACAACUAUAUAAUUAACCAAUUCAGUGUACACACAAUAUAUAUAAUAUUAUUCUAACGGUACCUGUACGUACGAACUCGACUGUAGGCAAAAUUAAAGUUCCGUGCACUGUACAGUCACGAUGUAUUUAAAACCGUAAUUUCCAGUUUGUUGUUGCGACUACCGGUUAUACAAAGACAUGACCAAUGAGUGCGCUAGGGGAAAAAAUACCUACUCGUUGCCUAGCUAUCAUGGAGUAGCAAUAAGAGCCGCAGUAGUGUAGUUAUACAGCAUCACGAUGGUGGUUGCGUUGCGGAUUGUUUGUGUUCUAUCCGUUUUCUGUGGAGUCCUGCAGGCCGCUCCAACGGUCACGUACGACCAGAGGCAACAGGGCGGAUUCAAUUUGCAGGUGGACGUAGACGAUGUCGCUAUAAUCUUGUUGCCGGGCGAUGAGCUCGCCCAAAGAGGUAUACUACAAGGCAGUGAUAAGAUACAACAAAUAUUCGGACGCCGCCACGGUGUCAAAACGAAAAAAAAGCACAAGAAACCGGUGAACUGCGCUGCGGGAACAACGGUUAACCCGGAAGUGCCCUACAGCGAGUUAUCGUCAACAACAAACUUUCCGACAUCAUCACAGGGAUACGAAGAACUAUACUCAACGUCGACUUCGAGCCCAGAAAAAUUACUGCAGGACGUGGAACCCUCGGUUGCUGCAUCUCCCGUGUCCGAAAUAAACGUUCCGAGUGUUCCGACCGAUCUUGAUGGUCAAAAAAUCAUCUCGAGUAGUGACCAAAUUUCUGCAGCUACAUCACCAAGUGCGUUCGAGAAAAAAGAUCAUUUGGAGGAAACUGCGGGUAGUGUUGCGGUAAGCUCUUCUGAAAUGGUAGCUGUAAAAACCGUAGAAAAACCUACGGCAGUAGACGGUGCCGCCGAAACCAAUAAUAUCACAGAAAAAGUUGCGAUACAGACAGUAGAAAAAUCUACAGAAGUAACAAAAUCGCAGGCAUCAGAGAUUUCAAACGGUUCGAAAACCGACGUUAAGCAAAUUGAGACGCUUUCGACAAAAUUCGAAGAAAAUCCCGUAAGCGUGUCAUCCAAUGUAAAAACAGCAGAAAAAAUUACUAAUGACGAAAUUAUUAAAGUCGACAAAACUCCGGCAAAGGACUCGAACACCGAAGAUAAAUCAAAUGAAAUUACUACCGCAAAAAUACUAGAAACUGCGGAAUUCGAAGAAGUAAAACCUGCCGAGAUGGUCGUUAUAAAAACCAUGGAAAAACCUACUGACGGCGGUGCAAACAAACACGAAGAGUUUGUCGACAAAACCGUAGUAAACGCAUCGCGCGUGAAUGGUUUGGAGACGCAAGUAAAUACGAAAACGACUAACGAACCUACAGAAAUGAUCGCUAUGAAAACUUUAGAAAAACCGACAUUUGCCGAAGCUUUAAAGGUCGUAAAAAAACCGACGGACGCAGCUGAUGCAGUUAAAGCUGCAGAUACCCAAGCCGGUAAAACUACGUCAGUAGAUUUGAGCAAAAGCCCUGUAGAAUUAGUCGCUAUGAAAACAAUGGAAACUCCACAUUCUGCUGUAGGGCUCACAAGUGCUGUAGAAAAGUCUGGAAUUACAACAAGUACUAAGCUGGUGGAGAUACAAGAAGACAAAAAAAUACAGAAUAUAUCUUCGGUCGAAAAUAUAGUCUCAAGGUCUGCUCCGAAACAACCGGAAAUGGUCGCCAUGAAGACUGUGGAAAAUUUGUCAACGGUUAAAAGUGUAACUUCCGUGAAAACUGUGGUUAAACCUGGAAUUCCCAAGUCAACGGUAUCGUCAAACAGUUCCUUGAUCAUGCGUAAGGUAGGCGACCAUAAACCGUUGCCCACAAUCACGUUAGAAGUGGCAACUCCAAAAGUUUUGUAGGUAAAUGCUCAAUGAUCAUUGUAAAAUUUUGAAAAUCAUAAAUAUGUUUUUGUUAUUUUAAAACUAUAUUUAAAUAUAAUUAUAUUUAAUUUUUUUUUUGUUUGUGAACGCUGGCCUAGUAUAAAUAAAUACCGGAUGGCCAGGUUAUAAGCAAUCUCAAUACCUAUUGGGUAUAUUUUAAAAAUCAAAACACCUUUUUAUGUGCUUUAAAUAUUUGUUAAAAUUAAUUAGUAUUAAAAUAUCAUUAUUUAUGUAUUCGAUUAAAACAAAUUUAAAUUUAAAAAAUAAAUCUAUUAUUAUUUGUAUGUAAAUAUAUAUUUCAUUUUAUAAUAUUAAUUAAUAAAAUAAUAGGCAAUUUAAGAUAAUUGUAUAUUAAUUAGAACACAUCUUAAAAUAAAAUGAUGUGCUUAAAUUAUUAAUAAGUGCAAUCGUUUUGCCUAACCCAAAAUAUUAUUUAUAUAUUUAUUUUUAGUCUAAAACGUUAGUUAUAAUUAAUAAAUGUAUACCUAUGUAUAACAAUUAAUCUUUAAUUAAUACUGUGAUUUUGUGAUAUCUAAAUUCUAAAUUAUAAUUUAUAGAGUUAUUUUUUUAGUUUUAAUUAUUUUACUUUUAAGUUUUAAGUAUAUUAAAAUUAUUGGUCUUAUUUUAUUUAAUAAACUAUUAUUUUCAAAAUACUGAAUAUCAACCUAAAUAUAAUAAAACAUUUUUCAUAUUUUGAA